AUGGAGACGGGACAGCAGUUGACAGAGGAAGAUGAGCGCGCCAGUGGCAUAUCGACACCUCGCAACCUUGCAGUGCGUGCGCCAGCGCCCUCCGGCUCGUCCAGGACAUUUGGGCGCUCGACGCAAUCAUCGAUCGGUUAUACUCAAGAUGGAUCGCAUGCCUCCUCCGGCGAAGUGUGGGCGGGUGCGAUCUCGCGAGUCCAGACGCAGGUGUCGCAUAACACCAGCAUGUUAGAUUCGCACCGGCAGAAGGUACAGGAUAUCGAGGUUGCAAUCACCAAACUCGACCAAGCUGUCGGCAAUGCCAUGGCUGUCCUGCAAGACGUUCGUGCAGAGCAGAGAGCAAGGCCCACCGUGGAGCCAACUCGCCAUGACCCCGAGGAUCUGAACGUGCUUGCAGAACGGGUGGGCGCCAUUUCGAGUCGGGUCAACGAAGUCGAUGCGCUUCGAAUGCAGGUGAGGCUGCUGGAGAACAGGAUGAAGCGUUGGGAGGAGCAUGGCCCGCCUACAGCUGCGGACACGAUGCGAGGACCCGGUCCAGCAAUGCGCGAACCGGCAUACCGCGAGUCGCAAGUGCCCAGUCAGUACAGCGGGCCGUCUCGGCCACCAUCGAUACCGUCCCAACAUCAUCCGCUGCCACCGAUCCGCACGUCCGCCAACAUGUCGCCUGUCGACACCCGAUCGACCUCGCAUACUUUGUCAGCGCUGCAUCGACCGUCGAUGGAUUCUUCAGCAACGAUGCAAGCCUCCUCAAUGGGCAGCUUCAGGUUGGGCGAGCCGUUGCCCCCGCCUAGUGCUCUGUCCGGCUGGCAUAUGGGCGACAACAGUGUCUCUUCAAAUACACUUCCACCACCCACCCAGCCCGGUCCAAGCCGACAAACGUUUCAUCAUCCGCAGGCGCAAGCGGCAGGAUGGGCAGCUGUCAAUGCCCCUCCAACAGCCAAGCGUCCUUUCGAAGAGCCCCGACAAUCUCCUUACCAGUCAUCAGUACCUGGUUCACCGAAGCGGCCAAGACUUGCGCCCAUCAUGCCGAGGACGACGUACAUCGAGGAGUCCAGUUAUAUACCCUCAAACGUGCCAAAUUCUACAGCAGAUACACACCUGUCACGUUCACGCGCGCCGUCAGAUAGCUCGCAGUCGCAGAUACCGUCUCAGGCGCACACGCUGCCCACGCCAGCGUCCGCAAACAUGCCCGGCCAUCGCUUCAUCGUCUCGACGCAGUCCGCCGACUCGCAAGAAUCCUGGCGACCGGAGACGGAGCGCCUGAUGCAGAUGCCGCAUCGCGGGCACGGAGUCGGUGGUGGGCGGCGAGGUGGAAGAGGCGGCCGAGGUCGUGCACGGGGAAGCAGAGGUGGUGGACGAGGGGGCGUCAGCAUCGUGCCCGCUGCUGGCCCGGAACUUGGAACACCUGAAUGGGAGCGUGCAGACUGGACAGGGACCCAAGUCUCGCCCAAUGGGUACUACCGCCCUCUACCUCACCAGCCUGGCUCCCCUCAAGACACUUCACGAGGCGGGAUCGUGCGACGAGUAGGCGCGGCAGCAGCAGGGCCAUCCGAGCGCGAGUCGGAGUUGCCAGCUACACCACUCACGACACAAGGUCCCUACGAUCCUUUCGCAGCUGGCGCGAGUGAUCAGGGCCCCGGCAGCGGCGGGAAGAAGUCGCGCAGCAAGCCUUUCCGCAACGCUGAAGGAGUCCUGAUCCGAAAGGACGGACGGCCAGACAUGCGCUCGGUGAGCUCAGCGAACAACUUACGCAAGGUGCAUGCGAAGAAGGAGGCAGAGCGGGCGGAGAUGGAAGGGAGGACGCCUACUUCUGCCCGCUCGCUUGCGCCGGCGAACUCGCUGUCCGAGGAAGAGGAUGAUGAAGAGGACUCGGGAUCACCGGGCAGUGCUACGCAGGAUCGCGAGGGGGGUGAGCCGACUGAUACCCAGGAGCGGCAUCGCGAGCUUAUGAGUCGCAUCUUCCCGAGUUCGGUGGAAGACGCCAGUAGGAGUGCCGGUGCACGUUUCUUCCCGACCCACGAGCAGCGAGAUACUACUGAGGCGGAGAUGAAGAGGGAGCCUAGGAGUGAGGAGCAGACAGGGGUUGGUGAAGGUCAGGAAGGGGCCAGCAGUCAAAUGACGGACGUGGUGAUGCGCGAGAUGAGCGAGGCGCAAGCUGAAAACCAUCAACGGCGGGGUGAGCAAGAGGACACAAGGAUGGCGACGGUGGAGGAGGAGGCGAGCGAGGAGCAAGAGCAAGAGCAAGGACGGGAGGAGAUUUAG